CUUUUUGAGACUAUCGAUGUCGCUGCUAACGUUGGCGAUGAGUCGUUCAAAAAAAUUAUCAACCAGGGUACUUACGUUCGUCGUGACCGUCGUUAUAUAAAUGGCGACGCUACCGAAGACAAAGUUGCAUUCUUCCCUUCCCUUCGUUUUCUCUAGAAUACUUCUCGUUCGUCCUUUUGCCCCCUUUUUUAUACGGGCCUGCACUGAGUGCAUUUGAGCCGUUGGGUCUUGUUCGGUUGUAUUUUAAUAGCAUUCAAGUUUUAGUCAUAAUGUUGGGUGUUCGAAAUUCUCUUCAGGCUGGGCAUGACGUACCGGAAGACAUACCUUCUGCAGAUCUUGGACGAGCUCUGCAUGUACGGCUUGCUCUCGAGAGUUUGGAUCCUCCCCGGGACCAUCAAGAGAGCCACAGUCAGAGUCUCACACCCUGCUCCAGCUUUUCUUCUACAUCUUCAAAAACAAUCAUUCGACACAAGAAAAAAUAUCGGCCUCCCGCUCUAAUAUUGGAUCCGCAGCAUCUCGCCCUGCAACGCCAGUCAUUCCUGGAUCCUACCGUUACGGAGCUGGGAAGCCGACACGUCAAGUCCCAACGCAGUCUGCCCACCAUACAGACCAUACCUCUUCCGGCACCCACUCACUCAUACCACUCUUCCAUCACUUUCAACUUUCCGAAUUCCUCUCCCACUUCCACCGCAGAAUCGUCUCCUACAACCACGCCAUCUGCUCCAAACUUUUUGACCGUACCUUCUGCGCAUUCACCCUUGUCACCAUCAACACCCUUGUCCCCAUUGACACCUCCGCCACCGUCUCCUUUAACAACGAAGCGGAGGCGUUUCUUAAGGCUGUGCCGCAAGUUUGGUGAAUCUCCGCCCCCUGAGCUCGUCUUUGGUGGGCAUCCUGUGUCUGUGGGUGUAGAUCCCAAGAAGGCUCGUGUACAGGGCGCUACCUUUUUCGCUCCCAUCAUGGAGGAGAGCAAAGAGUCCCCAUUGUCGUAUGAUCUGGACACCUCUAGCACCAGUACCUUAGGAACGGGCUCGAGCUCGGAUUUUUAUCAACCCUCGUCUAUUGACGCCGAGAAACGGCAUCACAUCUCGAGGCAGUAUGGCACGGCUUGUGUACUGGAGAAGAAUGGACGGCGGGUUACGCAACGGAAUUAUGAUGAUAUUUUGAAGCGUUUGAGAAUGCUUUGAUCAAAGGAUCGAGUGGCUCAUUCGUUUCAUCUCAUCUAUUCCGACUGGUUUCGCUCGUUGGUGGUUGGGAUACUUAUUUUAAUAUUUAUCAUAGCGUUGAGCGCCCUUUCAUCGCUUUCGAUGUACAAUAGUAUUUUCAGCAUACGUUGAUAGUGUUAAUUAUUGGGCAAACACACGCACACACGUACAUACACAACACUCGUAUACAUAGUACAGUAACAUACAAACGUAGUCGACCAAUCGCUUCAAAUAGAGGAAAUGUAACAUACAUCUCGCUGAUUAUCGACUAGGGGAUGGUUUAGCAAUUGUCGUCAGCCUGACAGUUACUUCACACGCGGUGAGUAACGUCAGGCCGUUCCGAUCAUGAAGAAGAGAAGAAGAGAAGAUGGUUAUAGCCAAUAUGUAUAAAUCUUAGGGACACGAGUUGAGAAGGCGACUUGCAUCAUGCGUGUGCGUUGUGGAAGCUUGAACAGAUGAUGAUCCAGCAGUAGUA